AUGUUACGUGGUAUUGAAUCGUCGAAUGACUUCAAUAAAGAUUUCACAUUCAAUGCUGCUUCUCUUUAUCAAUGGUGGGCGCCUGGUAUCAACAUGGAUGAAGGAGGAGUUUCCGAGAUCAGAAUGGGUCUCUUGGUCAUCACUGCAAAAGUAAAGGGUCUAGCUUACCAGAUUGUUAGUAAUCCCUUAGGAGAUGGAUCUAUGAGACAUGGUCAGGUCCUGGAGGUUAAUGGGAAGAAAACAAUUGGCCAGGUAGAGGAGUUCCCAAAGGUUAACAUAACAAAGACUGCAUGGUUGAUUGUUCUCAAUCAUUCAUCAUGGUACAACAGCUACGAAUGAGAGUCAUGUAUGAGCAGUGGUUCGUCAAUAACAAAGUAGAUGUUUUUUUCUCAAGUCAUGUCCACGCAUACGAGAGAAUGACAGAGCCUAAGUACUCUGCCACAGAGAAACAAGCUUUGGAGACACUAUAAUCUCGAUAGAGAAAUGGACGCAUGUGCAGUAUGGAUGGCACAUGAACAAGUUACGUCGUCGAGGUUGACACCAUGUGGUUUUACAACAGGUUAUGGCAUCCUG